ACAUUCUAUGAUAAUCUUGCGCGAAUAGACUUUGGACAUACAAUUUGCCAACAUCCAACUUGCGGUAGCUCUGGGGUGUUUAAUUGACGCCAAUUUAUUUGUGCUGAAGUUUCUAGUGAGCAGAAAGAAAUUUCACCAUGUCCCGAGUAUUAGUUGGAGUAAAGCGUGUUAUUGACUAUGCCGUGAAGAUUCGCGUUAAGCCGGACAAAUCCGGUGUCGUCACUGAAGGGGUCAAGCACUCCAUGAACCCUUUUGAUGAAAUUGCUGUAGAAGAAGCAGUCAAAUUGAAAGAGAAAAAAAUCGCCACUGAGGUGGUGGUUGUUUCGGUUGGUCCUUCUCAAUCCCAGGAAGUACUCCGUACGGCCCUUGCCAUGGGGGCAGAUCGUGGAAUACAUGUAGAGGUAGCAGGCAAGGAGUUUGAUCUUCUUCAGCCUAUUCAUGUUUCGAAAAUACUGGCCAAACUCGCACAAGAUGAGAAAGCGGAUCUAGUGAUUCUCGGUAAGCAAGCCAUCGAUGAUGAUUGCAAUCAGACGGCGCAGAUGACUGCCGCUGUGUUAGAUUGGCCACAGGCUACUUUCGCCUCUAAGGUCGAAAAAGAAGGAGAUACAUUAAAGGUCGUGCGCGAGGUGGACGGUGGACUGGAAACCAUUAAGACUAAGAUGCCGGCAGUAGUUAGUGCUGACUUGCGUCUAAAUACCCCACGCUAUGCUACCCUUCCCAACAUCAUGAAGGCAAAGAAGAAACCGAUAAAGAAACUUGCACCGAAAGAUUUGGGAGUUGACACAACGCCCCGUAUCGAAAUUGUCUCCAUCGAAGAUCCUCCUGUCAGACAAGCUGGAUCCAUACUGCCGGACGUGGACACUUUGUUGACCAAACUGCGUGACGGCGGUUAUAUCAAGUAGGAGUCUCUGAGUGGAGUUAGGUAAACUUCACAGUGAAUGUUGCCGAGGUAGUAAUGUUUCAAGGUUUUGGGGGUUAUUAGCUUGUCAAUCAAAUUGAGAAUAAAAAUUAAACUGCUAUAGUUUAUCCGUUUCGCACAAAAA